GGUCGGAGGUUAUAGUACACACGUGAGAAAAGAAGAACCGUAUAAACUGUGGGUGGAAGAAUUUCAGAUUACUUUUAAGUGGACAGGAUGGACGGAAAAGUGAAGGAGCAAAAAAGACAUCAGCAGAAGCACAGUGGGCCCAAGGCAGAGAAGAAGCUCAAAAAACAGGGUGGCAUGGCAGAAGACAAGGAUGAACGGAAAAGGAAUCCCAAAGCGUUCACCGUUCAGUCGGCUACACGCAUGGCCAGAACAUUCCAUAGGGCCCAGGACCUAAAGGCCAAGAAGCACCACAUACCCUUUGUUGACCGAACUCCCUUGGAACCUCCCCCAGUAGUGGUUGUAGUAGUAGGCCCACCUAAGGUGGGGAAAAGCACUCUAAUUCGGUGUUUGAUCAAAAACUUCACUCGCAGAAGCUCAGAGGACAUAUGUGGACCAGUAACAAUUGUCUCUGGUAAGAAGCGCCGCCUCACUUUCAUUGAAUGCAGCAAUGAUAUCAAUACAAUGAUUGACCUUGCAAAAGUUGCUGACCUGGUUUUGAUGCUGAUUGAUGCUAGCUUUGGUUUUGAGAUGGAGACCUUUGAGUUUCUGAACAUCUGUCAGGUGCAUGGUUUCCCUCGUAUCAUGGGUGUGCUGACUCACCUAGACUCCUUCAAGAACAGUAAGGCACUACGUAAGACAAAGAAACGGCUCAAACAUCGCUUCUGGACUGAGGUCUACCAGGGUGCCAAGCUUUUUAUCUGUCUGGCAUGUAUUUGGGAAUAUCAGACUCAGGAAGUGAACCUUGGUCGAUUUAUCUCUGUCAUGAAGUUUCGAUCCUGGUUUUGGCAGACCUCCCACCCUGAUGUGCUGGCUGAUCGCAUGGAGGAUUUGACAGACCCUGAAAAGGUGAGGAUAGAUGCCAAGUGUGACCGGACAGUUUCCCUCUAUGGAUACCUUCGAGGGACAUACUUAAAAAACAAGAGCCAAGUCCAUAUCCCAGGUGUGGGAGACUUUCAAGUGGCUGAUGUGAGUUUUCUGCCAGAUCCUUGUCCAUUACCAGAUGCUCAGAAAAAGCGGGCAUUGAAUGAGAAGGAACGUUUGCUGUAUGCCCCCAUGGCUGGGGUUGGGGGUGUUGUGUACGACAAGGAUGCUGUAUAUAUUGACCUCCCCACUGCCCAUGUCUGUCAGGAGCAGGAGGAAGUACAUCCCACUACAGAACUUGUCCAGUCCCUGAUUGACACACAUGCCACCCUUGAUGUCAAGAUGGCUGCUAGUAAGGUUUCUCUGUUCACAAGCUCAGCCACCUUGGACUUGGACAUGGAAAUCGAUAAACAGAAGGGAGAGAAAGAGGGCCCUCAGGAGAACCUGGUUUGGGAUGCCAAGACCCAGAGAGAGAGGAGAAGAGUUGUCUUUGCUGAGGAGGAAGAGGAAAACGAUUACAGCAGUGGCAGUGAUACAGAUGAUGGCUUUGAUGGAGGAAGUGAUCAAGAAGGGCAGGAAGAGGAGGAUGAAUGUGAUGAGGAAGAAGAGGAUAACUUAUCCACACUGAUCAAAAAGGCAAGGGUCAAAUUUGGAAACACAGAGAAGACAGUGACAGUCAGUGCUUCACCAGUGAAGAAACAAAAAAUUGAGGAGGUGAAGGAUAACAGGCAACUAUUUGAGCUUCCAGUGUUUGCUGACAGUGAAGAUGACCUGGAGAUGAGUGACAAGGAGAGCGGGAACAGCAAGAAGGGAGAGGAGGAAAGGGAAGGACAUGAGUCAGAUUUUGGUGAAGAUGAUGAGGAAGUAGAUGUAAAAAUGGAUAAGGGGCCAGGAGACCAAGAGGAUGAAGAUGAGGAAGACAAUGAUGACCAAGCGGAAGAUGAUUGGGAUGAUGAAGAAGAUGUUGGUAUAACUAAAACCAUAGAAAAAAAUAUCACAUCAAAACAUAGAACUUUUGAGAAUGAGGAGGAGGAAGAAGAACCAUGUUUCGUCACUGAAGGGUCUUUUCAGUGGAAGGAGGGGCUACAACAGAAAGCAUCAGAAGCCUUUCUACGACAACAGCAAGCCACCCCCAACCUACGCAAACUUGUUUAUGGCACAGUUGCAGGGGAGGAGGCUGGCAACUAUGAGGAAGAGGAGGUGGGAGGGUUAUUUCGAGUCAGCCGUCCUCAUGACAACAAAAAGCAUUGGACAGAUGCCAAAGACUGCUCCCGUUUCAGCCCCGACAGCUCUCACAACUGGGAUAUAGGAGAGAUGCUGAAAUCAAUUAGGGAUUGUUUUGUAACAGGGAAAUGGGAAGAAGGACAAGAUGCUGCGACACUACUGAAGGAGGAUGAGGAGCUGUAUGGUGACUUUGAAGAUUUGGAAACAGGAGAGGUCCAUGAGGGCCAGACUGGGAGGCAUGGGGACCAGACUGAGGAGAAUAGUGAUGAAGAAGAGAAUGAGGGGGAGAGGUUAGUGAAAGUUGAUGAUGAGGAAGUCCAGAAGAACAAGCGUCUGGAGAAGAAGCGAAGGCUGAAGGAGCGUUUUGAUUCUGAGUACGAUGAUGGAGAAGCCACUUAUUUUGAUGACCUGAAAGAGGAGAUGCAGAAACAAGCUGAUCUAAACCGGGCUGAGUUUGAGGAUGCUGACGAUGAGACCAGAGUGCAGUAUGAAGGUUUUCGGCCAGGAAUGUAUGUGCGAUUGGAAAUCCCUUCUGUGCCUUGUGAGUUUGUCACCAACUUUGAUCCCCACUACCCUGUCAUCCUUGGAGGCCUUGGCUCGAGUGAAGGCAACACAGGAUACCUGCAAAUGCGGUUGAAAAAACAUCGCUGGCAUGACUGCAUCCUGAAGACACGAGACCCCCUCAUUCUGUCUUUAGGCUGGCGUCGUUUCCAGACAAUCCCCCUCUACCACAUUGAGGACCACAACGGCCGCCAUCGCCUGCUUAAGUACACACCACAGCACAUGCACUGUGGUGCCUCCAUCUGGGGUCCCAUUACGCCGCAGGGCACUGGCUUUCUCGCUGUACAGACAGUCGCUGGAGCUAAAGUUAAUUUCCGCAUUGCUGCCACAGGAGUUGUCUUGGACCUGGAUAGGUCAGUGACAAUAGUGAAGAAGCUGAAACUCAUUGGCUACCCAUACAAGAUCUAUAAGAACACAUGCUUCAUAAAGGGUAUGUUCAACACCGCACUGGAAGUUGCUAAAUUUGAAGGGGCGUCUGUGCGAACAGUAUCAGGGAUCAGAGGGCAGAUCAAGAAGGCCCUGUCCACACCAGCUGGAGCCUAUAGAGCAACGUUUGAGGACAGGCUGCUUAUGAGUGAUAUCGUGUUCCUCCGCUCUUGGUAUCCAGUCUCUGUUCCGCAGCUCUACAACCCUGUCACCUCCCUGCUUUUGCCUUGUGGCCAGAAGGAAAACUGGUCAGGCAUGAAAACCCUAGCACAGCUCAAACACAGCUUGGGCAUCCGCAACAAACCCGCUGCUGAUUCUUUGUACAAGCCUGUGGCCCGUGCUCAAAGGCACUUCAACCCUCUCCACAUCCCAAAGCAGCUGCAGAAGGCCCUGCCUUUCAAGAGCAAACCCAAGCUGCAACAACCAAAAGGAAAAGUUCCCCACGAUCUCCAGAGGCCAAGUGUGAUCCGGGAGCCCCGUGAGAAGAAGGUGGCAGCACUCUUGCAUGCUCUAAACAUGGUGCACAACCAUAAGAGUAAGAAGGCCAGUGGGGUGCAGCAUUCCAAGCACAAGGCCUUCCUGCAGCAGAAGGAGAAACAGGAAGAAGCCAAACUGAAGAGACAGAAGGAGGCACGGAAAAAACUUUAUCGUGUGAUGGGACAGAUGGACAAGAGAAAGCAGAAGUCCAGUUUGAAGGGGGCACCUCAGGAUGAAUAGUUUAAUUGGACCUUGAAGUCAAAUCUGUCUAGACUGGCUGACUGAGAUGUUUUGCCUUGUCUUCACUCCUUAAGUAUGCAUUUCUAUCGCAGUCUAAAAAGGGUGCUUAAAUGCUACAACCUGGCUCAGGCGCAUCCAGCUUUACUGUAUUUUUUUCUUAGAUGUUAAAAAUCACUAACAUCUGUGAAGUAAUUCUAACUCACUUUUUGAACUUCUGCUAAUAAAAGAAAAUGAAGAAACUUGA